CAUAGAUUAAGUAUUAGCCAUCUUUGAAAGCUCACAGCCAUUUCUUCUUGGUAGACUAAAAAAGGAAAUGUAAAAUAAAAUGUUAAAAACAUAAAACAGCAGUUGUUCUUAAAAUAUUUCGGAAUUUGUUAGUUCUGGCACUAUAUAACUAUUUCAAACCAAAAUUGUAGUUAUUAUUGCCAAUAAGUUGCAUCUAUCAUGGAUAUGAUAUUAAAUGGUAAAUAGAAUGGUCAAACUUUGAGCAAACAAAGCAUAAUCUUAUUUGUAUUCUUCAGAAGUGUCUCAUAUAUUUGCCAGUUUAACGUUCUGCCAUGCUUGACGUAGAGAAAAAACAUCACAGCAUUUGUGAAACUAGUCACAUAAUUUCAAAUUAUUGACUUUAAUACGCAAUGACCACACAAAAAGGUGGUUCUAAAGUUGCAUGGAAAUUUAGAUGUUUAUAUAAAGCCUUGACUGUCUGCCUCGCUUUCAUCUGCUUUGGGACCACAAGCCCUCAGCAGCAACCAUGAAGUGGACGGUGGUGUGGUUGUGUUUCUUCAGUUUUUCUGUUGCAAUUCAAGCCAAACAGGUUCGCAACCAUGUCAACAACAUCUGCAGCACUUGGGGCAGACAGCACUUUAAGUCCUUUGAUGGUGAUGUGUACCAGUUUCCUGGCUUGUGUGAGUACAACCUGGCCAAGGACUGCCAUGGUUCUGACCCCAAGUUCUCAGUGAACCUUAAAAGGGAGGAAAAUGAUGGAAACAUUGCAAUAAGUUACAUAUUAAUAACUAUCAAUGAAAAUGCAUUCUUCCUAAACAAGACCCAUGUCACUGAAAACAGCCAACUAGUCAGCCUUCCACAUUACAGUAGAGGCGUAAGGGUGGAAGAAAGUGCAUUUUACAUCAGUUUUCAAGCUUCAAGAGUUGGCAUCACUGUCAUGUGGAACCGUGAAGAUGCAGUCAUGGUGGAAGUUUCAAAGAACUAUAGAAACAAAACCUGUGGACUUUGUGGAGACUUCAAUGGUGUUCCUGUCUAUGAUGAGUUCAUUGUCAAUGGUUUUAAAAUCAGCCCCAUUGAAUUUGGAAAUAGCCAUAAAAUUCAUCUGCCAAAUGAUGACUGCAAAGACCCCCAUGAAGACGUAGACGAAUCAUGGAAGUCUGGAAAUGUUUUAAGUUCUUGCAAGAAUUUUCAAACCAGCUGUGAAAAAGCAUUUCUCUCCGAAUCCUGGAGUUCAUGCAAUGAACAAAUUGACCCUGAAGCUUAUAUUCAUGCAUGUGUCAUAGACAUGUGUGCCUGUAACGACAAUACCAGUGACUCCUGUGUUUGCAGCACAAUGUCUGAGUUUUCUCGUCAGUGUUCCCACGCAGGCGGACAGCCACCCAACUGGAGAUCUAAAUUGUGUGGUAAACAGUGUCCCUACAACAUGCAGUAUGAAGAAAGUGCUUUUCCUUGCAUGGAUACUUGCAAACAUCAGGACACAAGAUUAGUGUGUGAGGACCACAAAAUAGAUGGCUGCUUUUGUCCUUCCGGAACGGUGUUUGAUGAUAUUUCUGAGAGGGGCUGCAUCCCUCUGUCUGAAUGUCAGUGCAAGCAUGACAAAAUCUACAACUCCGGAGAGGUUUACCGUCAUGAAAAUGCAAACUGUACUUGUUCAAAAGGGAGAUGGGAAUGUGAGAACUUUGAGACACCUGUUGCCACAUGUGCAGUUGAGGAAGGUUCACAUUUCACAACAUUUGAUGGUACAGCCUUUACCUUUCAUGGAAACUGUCGCUAUACCCUGGCCAAGGUGGAAAGCAAGGAUGGAGCAAGUCCAAAUUUUACCAUCCGAGCCUUGCUGGAACCAUGUGCCCAAGAAAAGUAUGACACUUGUUUGAAGGCUUUAAAACUCCAUCUGGACGAUGAUUAUGUCUUAAAGUUCACAUCUGAUGGAACUGUUCAGCGUGAUCAAAAAACCUUGACUUUGCCGUACUUCUCAGGGGAAAUUAGAAUAUUUCAUGCUUCUUCCAUUAACAUCUUGCUUUAUGCCAAGUUUGGACUACAAAUUCAGAUCCAACGUUUACCUGUCAUGCAAGUCUACAUCAGUUUGGAAAAUAGCUACAAAAAUAAGACAAAAGGUUUAUGUGGUACCUUCAACGAUGUCUCUAAUGACGACAUGAUGACUCCACAGGGGGUCAUUGAAGGAUCUCCAUUAACUUUCAGUAACUCUUGGAAGGCUAACACACCAUGCUCAGAUAGAGAGGAAAGACUAAAUAAUCCCUGUGAUCAGAGUUUAAUGACUGAGGAUUAUGCCAAACACUGGUGCGAAAUGCUUCAAAAUCCAAAUGGUACAUUUGCAAACUGUCAUUCAGUAUUGGAUCCUAAAAUAUACUAUCAGCGUUGCCUUUAUUCAACCUGUAACUGUGAAAACAGUGAGGACUGCUUAUGUGCUGUCUUGACAUCUUAUGGUCGAGCUUGUGCAGCAAAGGGGAAGUUUGUGGCAGAUUUUCAAAAUGUUUGUGAGAAAUACACAAAGAGCUGUCCAUCAACUCAGAUCUUCACUUACAAUCACCAGAGAUGCCAGCUGACCUGUAGUUCACUGAGCUCAGGACAGCAGAGCUGCACUUCACAUUUCUUGCCAGUGGUUGGCUGUUUCUGCCCUGAUGGUCUCUAUCUGAAUGAAAAAGACACUUGUGUACCCAAAGAAGAAUGUUCCUGUUUCCAUAAAGGAGAAUACAUUGAGUCAGGAAAGUCUAUCGACAUCAAUCGUGAGCACUUUGUGUGCACAAAUGGAAGACUUGUUUCCCAUUCUCAAAAUAACAGCCCCCCAGAAUGUAAACAUCCAAAAGUGUACUUUAACUGCUCCAAAGCUACCCCUGAAAGACCCGGACCACAAUGUGCUAAAACUUGUUUAAAUCUGGAAAAUGUUUGUGACCCAUCAGAGUGUGAAUCUGGCUGCAUGUGUCCAGCCAAUCAGCUUGAUGAUGGCAAUGAUUCCUGUGUAAAAAAUGUAAAAGAGUGCCCAUGUCAGCAUAAUAGUCAGUUUUAUAAUCCUGGCAAUCACAUUUUUCAAGAUUGCAACAGAUGUACUUGCAAAAGUGGAAAAUGGGACUGCACAAAAAAUAAAUGUUCAAAAUCCUGCAUUAUUUAUGGAAGUGGCCAUCACAAGACAUUUGAUGAAGAAGAGUAUGAGUUUCAAGGAAAAUGUUCCUAUGUUGCUGUCAAGAACAAAUGUUCCAAUGAAACAGUAAAUAACAUCUUUCAAGUUAUCACAGAAGAUGAACUAUGUGGAUCGACAGGCACAACCUGUUCCAAAACUGUACUAAUUCAGCUGGGGACAGCUGAAAUCAAGCUCUCGGAUGGAAAAUUUGAAGAGAAUAAUUUAGGAAAUAACCGCGACAUAUAUAGCAUAAGAAAGCAAGGCUUAUAUAUUGUGGUGACAUCCAAGAUUGGUCUGACGGUGAUAUGGGAUCGCAAAACAUUUUUUCUGAUCCAACUGGACCCAAGAUUCAACGGUAAAGUGUGUGGCCUCUGUGGAAAUUUUGAUGAUAAUAGAAACAACGACUUCACUACCCAGAGUGGGAUGUUAGUGACCAGCCCAUUGGAAUUCGCAAACAGCUGGAAAGUGGGUAGUGCAUGCCCAAAUGUGGAGGAAAACAUUGAUGCAUGUAAAAAAGCACCCCAUCGAGAGGCUUGGGCGAAAUUGAAAUGCAGCAUUAUAAUAGAUGAAUUCAAAGAAUGUCAUGUUGAGGUAGAUCCCCAUCCAUUCUAUGAAAACUGUGUUAAAGACACAUGUGCCUGUGAUUCUGGAGGAGACUGUGAGUGUUUCUGCUCAGCUGUUGCAGCUUACGCCCAAGCUUGUAAUGAGGCUGAAGUAUAUGUUGCAUGGAGAACUCCAGACAUCUGUCCUAUCUUUUGUGAUUUCUACAACAAUCCAAAUGAAUGCACAUGGCACUACUCCAGCUAUCCUCCAACACACUACAGUCCCUGUUUGAACUGCAGCCAAACUGUCCUAAGACUUGAAGGCUGUUAUCCUAAAUGUCCAGAAGAGAAGCAGUGGUUUGAUGAGAAAAAACAGCAAUGUGUUGAAGUAUGUGACGAGAUACCAUGCUUUCCAAAUACAACAAACACAACUACAACUGAAACACCAACUACAACCACAACUACAACUGAAACACCAACUACAAUGGUUUGA